AUCAAGCUUGUAAAAGUGCUGAAACUGAAAUUCCUGAUUUUGAUUUUGAUGCUACGAAACAAAGUGUCGUGGAUGCAUGGGAAAGUGAAUUAUCAAGAAUCGUAGUUGAUGGUGGUUCAAAAGAUUUGCAAAAAAUUUUUUAUUCUAGUUUAUAUAGAACUAUGAUUAUGCCAAGUGAUAGAACCGGCGAAAAUCCAAAAUGGUCAUCUUUUGAUUAUUACGGUAAACCAAUACCAAACUAUGAUGAUUUUUAUACUCUAGUAUGUACACUUGCAGCAAAUCUCUUGUUAGAAUUGGGAAAAAAGGCUUUAUUUCACAUUGUCUCGGGACUCUGGGAUACAUUUAGGACAACAAAUCCACUUUUCACGCUUUUUCAACCUGAACGAGCCAUUGACAUAGUUCGAUCUCUUAUUGAUAUAUAUGAACAUGUGGGAUAUAUGCCUGACGGACGAAGUGGAAUGGAUAAUGGUAUAACGCAGGGUGGUUCAAACGCCGAUAUGUUGGUGACAGAAUUAUAUUUAAAAAAAUUAGGAAUGUAUACUAUUGAUUGGAAACUUGCAUACGAAGCAUUAUUGAAAGAUGCCGAAGUCGAUCCAUGGGAGCAAGGUCUUUAUGAGGGAAGGCUGUUUCUUAAAAGUUAUAAAGAGAUUGGUUAUAUUCCUUCUCCGGUUCAUCGAAGAACUGCUUAUGCUAUUAAUCCAUGUAGCAGAACUUUGGAAUAUUCGGCCAAUGAUUAUUCAAUUGCUCUUAUGGCUAAAGCAAUGAAAAAGUAUGAUGAUUAUGUUAAAUACAAAAAAAGAGCCAGUAAUUGGGAAAAUCUAUGGUGUCCCAACAAGACAUAUCAAGGUGUUAAAGGGUUUAUUUUACCUAGAUUUCUGGAUGGUACUUUUGAUACCAAAUGGCAAGUUUUGUCUAAAAAUGGUGGUGAAACCCCAUUUUAUGAGGGUACUUCUUGGGAAUAUAGCCUUGAUGUCCCGCACGAUGUCAAAAGAUUAAUUUCUUUAUCAGGUGGUCCGGAUGCUUUCGAAAAACGUCUUGAUAAAACUUUUUCAUACGGUUAUUUAUCUUCAUAUUAUAAUAUCGGUAAUGAACCUUCAUUUUUCCAUACUUGUUUAUACCAUUUUAUUGGUAAACAAUAUAAAUCAGUUGAUGUCGUAAGAGAUAUUUUAAAAAAACACUUUGGUAGUGGCAGAGAUGGUAUUCCAGGAAAUGAUGAUUCAGGUGCUAUGGGUAGUUGGUUUGUUUUCCAUGUGAUGGGAAUAUUUCCACUUGCUGGCCAAGAUGUUUAUCUUAUUAAUUCUCCACUUUUCAAUCAAACAACAAUAAUUUUAUCAGUAUCUCCUAUUAUAACAUUCUCUAUAAUAGCAAAUAAUUUAUCAAAUGAUAAUGUCUACGUACAAUCUGCCAAAAUAAAUGACAAGGAGUGGUAUAAAACUUGGUUUAGACAUAGUGAUAUUGCUGAUGGUGCCGUUUUAGAAUUAGAAAUGGGUAACAAAGUUAGUAAAACAUGGGGCAUUGUUGAUGCAGAUGGAAACCCUGUACCAUAUCCACCUAGUUUAAGUGAUGAUAUAGAAUAA